AAUGUUCAUAGUGAAAUUAGUUACUUAGUUUAACAAGUACUUGCUAAGACCAUAUAAUGUCACUUGUAUGUACGAUUUUCUUGUUUCUCUUAAACGUUUCUUCUGCGUUCGCGUUUGUGGUUCCUAAACCACCAAUCGUAAGGCAACUAUCAACAUCAUUAACAUCAAAUUCAACAGCUUCUUGCUCAGCAAAUGGAAAUCCAAUCGAUGACUGCUGGAGAUGCGAUGAAAACUGGAAGGACAACCGCAAAAACCUUGCGGAUUGCGCGGUUGGAUUCGGACGAGACGCAAUUGGCGGUAGAGCCGGCGAGUUCUACACCGUAACUGAUUCAGGAGACGACAAUCCUCUAAAUCCAUCUCCAGGUACAUUACGGUACGCUGCAACACAAGAUCAACCUCUAUGGAUCAUUUUUGAUCGAGACAUGGUAAUACAACUAAAACAAGAUCUCCAAGUAGCAUCAUAUAAAACCAUUGAUGGUAGAGGAAAUAACGUACAAAUAGCUUAUGGGCCGUGUUUAACUUUAUAUAAAGUAAGUAAUGUUAUUAUAAACAAUCUUUAUAUUCACGAUUGUGUUCCGGCGAAACGGAAUGCUUUAUCGUCGUUGGGAGGAUACUCGGAUGGCGAUGGAAUCUCGAUAUUCGAGUCUCGAGAUAUUUGGAUUGAUCAUUGUACGUUAGAGAAAUGUUACGAUGGGCUUAUUGAUGCGGUGAAUGGAUCCACGGAUAUAACGAUUUCAAAUACUUACAUGUUGAAUCAUAAUGAAGUCAUGCUUUUGGGUCAUAGUGAUGAGUAUUCCGGUGAUCGGGAUAUGCGAGUUACGAUCGCCUUUAACUAUUUUGGUGAAGGACUUGUCCAGAGAAUGCCGAGGUGCAGGCAUGGAUAUUUUCACAUAGUGAAUAACAUUUAUAGAGAGUGGAAGAUGUAUGCUAUUGGUGGAAGUGCUAAUCCAACUAUCUUUAGUCAAGGAAAUGUUUUCAUAGCUUCCAAUAAUCAGUUCACCAAGGAGGUUACAAAGCGAGAGAGUGCAGAUGGAGACGAAGAAUGGAAGGAAUGGAAUUGGAAAUCAGAAGGAGAUGAAAUGGUUAACGGCGCUUUCUUUACACCGUCAGGGAAAGAGGAUUCUCCGAGCUAUGCGAAAUUUUCGAGUAUGGUAGCUCGACCAGCUUCACUUCUCAAGACCACACAUCCAUCAGUAGGUGUUCUUAGUUGCGAAAUUGACCAAGCUUGUUAAAACACAAACAUAAGCUUGUGACCAAAUCUAGUGUUGUCCCUCUUCUUCAUUUUUUUCUCUUCUUCUUGUUGUGGUUAUUGUUAUAGCACACAGGAUUUGUAUUGAAUGUAUGAUGAUCAUAGACCCAAGCAACAAUUGUUUAUUGUCAAAUUUUCAUCCUAUACUAUUAUUUGGGGAGUACACUUUAUAAGAUACCCUUAACUAACCUUCCCUUUUGUAAGAUUUUACUUAAGAAUGCCAUUACAAAAAUCUUCUUUUAAAACAAAUUUCAUUCAAUUUA